AUGGUCCUCACUCUCCACGGCGUCGCCACCUCGACGUGCACGAAGCGCGUACGCAUCGUGCUCGAGGAGCUCAACGUUCCGUACGAGCUCGUGCACAUCGACGCGUCGAAGCGCGAGCACAAGUCCCCCGCGUUCCUCGCGGUGCAGCCGUUCGGGCAGGUUCCAUACAUCAACGACGACGGUUUCAAGUUGUACGAGAGCCGCGCGAUCGCGCGCUACCUCGCGCUCAAGUACGGAGGUAUCGGGACGCUCAUCCCGGACCCGGCGGACUUGCAGAAGACGGCGCUGUUCGAGCAGGCGGCCAGUAUCGAGACGAGCAACUUCGACGUGUAUGCUUCAGGGCUUGCAAUGGAAAACCUGUUCAAGAAGACGUGGGGUGCCGAGCCCGACCUUGCGCUCGUGGAGCGCCUGAAGACCACGCUUGAAGGCAAGCUGUACGCGUACGAUCAUCACAAAAAAGGCGGGCAAAUGUACCUGGCGGGCGACGAUGUCACCCUUGCCGACCUCUUCCACUUGCCCUAUGGCGCGCUCCUUGAGACGCAGGGCAUCGACUUCCUCAUCUCGGGUCGGUGGCCGAAUGUCACCCGAUGGUGGAAAGACAUCUCCUCCCGCGCUUCGUGGAAGAAGAUCGAUGUCCCGGCGUGA